AUGUGCGCGCGCGGCGUUCACUGCUCAACGCAGGCGGGCAUUGCGGGGAAGGCGUCGGGAGCAACAUCGGUCGUGCUAAACUCGGGAUACUCAGGGGAUGGGGAAGCGCCGAACCAAAUCAUCAUGGACGGCCAGGGUGGACGCGCACGCCUCUGCACAGAACAUAGCUUCGAUCAAUCUUGGGACAGCCGCGGCAAUGCUGGCCUGCGCGCGUGCUGGCAGUCGGGCGCCGAAGUGCGCGUUUGUCGCGGCUGGAGGACGCGCUACGGACCGACGAAGGGGUAUCGUUACGACGGGUGCUGGAUGGUUGUGAAUGCCUGGCAAGCGCGCGCGCCAGACGGGUUCCUUCGCUGUCGGUUCCACCUGGUCCGCCUCCCCGACCAACCCCUUGACCCCGAGCACGGCAUGCCGGAGCUCUCGCCGCGCUUGCUGCAGGAUCUGGAGCGCAUCGACCGCGCGCGGCAGCCUGAGCGGGCCAAUGACGAGCUAGAGCCGAAGGUGUACGAGGGCGGGCGAGCGCAGCCGCGACUGUUGGUGGAGAGGAAGGGCACGACCAAGGGUUCGGCGAAGAAGCUGCAGUCCAACGCGUCUGCGGUCGCGGAGGCGCAGGCCGUUAUCGAUGGCGCGCCGGCGAGGAAGCGCAAGCGGCCAGAGAAGGAGUGGGAGGAGAUGCCUGAUGCGUGGGAGGGCGGGGAGGCGACGACGUCGAAGAGCGGGAGGACGAAGACUACGAGGGGAGAGAAGACCGCGAGGGGAGAGAAGACCGCGAGGGGAGGGAAGGCAAAGGAGUUGGCGGGCAAGCCGACAUCGCCGCUGGAGGGAGAGCUACCGUCGACAUUCAGGAGCGGCCGCUUGUUGAGGAGGGGUCUCCAGGGGAAGUCGAGCACGACGACGACGAUGGCGGGUGGGUCGCAGGGGAAGACGGACCAAUCUAGCGGGAGCGAGGUGGAGGGCUCUUCCCAUGAUGAGGUCGAGGCCGGCUCCUCGGACCACGAGCUGGACGUGGACGAGGCCGAAGACGUAUCGGUCGACGGACAGGCGGGAGACAAAGAGGUGAAUGGCGGGCACGCGGACGACGAGGAGUUGGACGCUCCAGCGUCUGUUGAGAUGGGGGAUGAUGAAGAGGCCGAGGAGAUGGCGAACGGUGCGGCGCUCGACGAUGGGAAGGAUGACCAGGUACUUGAUGACGACAAGUCGGACGACACGCUGGGCGAACAGAUGGCGGUUGAGCACGCGCUCGACGACGGCAAGUCGGACAGCGACGAGCUCGACGGCGGAGAGGCAGCCGGCGACGUGUUCGCAGACAAGUCGGACGACGAGCUCGCCAGGCUUCUGCAGGCGACGGUGAAGAAGGAGGAGGACGGCGAGGCGCAGGUGUACGCUACGGUGCAGGACCCGUUGCACGUCGCGAGGCGGACGUUAGCGAAGGCCAAGCCGCUGCGGAAGAAGCGCAAGUCUCAGGAGGAGGAGGCACCGUCGUCGUCGCAGCCGAAGAGGUCGGCAUGCUCGUCUGGCUCGCGGACCUCGUCGACGGCUUGCAGUUCAUCGGUGUCUCAGAAGGAGGCUUUUCCCUUUCCCGAGCGCCGCUUGCAGGUCAGCCUUCAGCAGCGGUCGCAGUCCGGCCGCGACGCGGCUUCGAAGUCCAGUCGUCCAACGAAGACCAUGCGAGCGAGACGCCGAGGUCGCUCAAGGACGCCGCCUCGGAAGCCCGUGGUGCGGUUGACGGUGUCGGCGUCUCCAAGUCCGGGGCCCGACGAGAGGCGAGCUGUGCCACGAGAGUCGGAGCUCGACUAG